GCCUGGACAGUGGGGACCACUGGGAUCCCUGGGACAACAAAGUGGAGAACCUGGAGAAGGGGAAUGUCUGGGAACUCGGCAUCCCGAAGGCGAGGGUCAGAGGAGAAGGGAGCCUUGGGACCCCCAACACUCCCAGCAUCCCUGAGUGGGACCCCCAGCAUCUCAGAAAGGGAAGCAAUUCCCAACACCAGAGGGAAGAGACCAGAGAGGGGAUUUGUCCUUCCCAAAGCUUGGGCGGAUGGAGGAGGAGGCUGCGAGGAAGAGGAAGAUGCCUUGGGCCCCCCAGGCAGGCCCCGAGCUGAGGACGGAGAGCCCGGAGGACAAAUCCCCCCGUGAGACCCUGGUGGGAGAGGCCGUUUUGAAGGGCUCCCCGGCGCAGGAAGGCAGCGGGGAGGAAAAAGGCCGGAGAUCCCCCCGCAGGAGGGGCUCCAAAGCCAUCCCAGGGUGCUCUGAGGAGGAAAGAGCCAGCCUGUGCCAGGAAGGUGGCCAGAGCCUGAGUGGGAGCUCUGACUUGGUGGUCCCUGAGCAGCCUCCCAGCAGAGAGAAACCCUUCAGGUGCUUGGAAUGUGGGAAGAGCUUCAGGCAGAGCACCCACCUGCUCCGACACCAGCACAUCCACACUGGUGAACGGCCCUACACGUGUGGGGAAUGUGGGAAGAGCUUUAGCCGGAGCUGCCACCUGAUCCGACACCAACGCAUCCACACCAGGAAACAGCCCGGGAAAGCGGAUUUGUCCUUCCCAAAGCUUGGGUGGAUGGAGGAGGAGGCUGCGAGGAAGAGGAAGAUGCCUUGGGCCCCCCAGGCAGGCCCCGAGCUGAGGACGGAGAGCCCGGAGGACAAAUCCCCCCAUGAGACCCUGGUGGGAGAGGCCGUUUUGAAGGGCUCCACGGCACAGGAAGGCAGCGGGGAGGAAAAGGGCCGGAGAUCCCCCCGCAGGAGGGGCUCCAAAGCCAUCCCAGGGUGCUCUGAGGAGGAAAGAGCCAACCUGUGCCAGGAAGGCGGCCACAGCUUGAGGGGGAGUUCUGAGCUGGUGGUCCCUGAGCAGCCUCCCAGCAGAGAGAAACCCUUCAGGUGCUUGGAAUGUGGGAAGAGCUUCAGGAAGAGCUCCAACCUCCUUACCCACCAGCACAUCCACACUGAGGAACGUCCCUACAUGUGUAGGGAAUGUGGGAAGAGCUUCAGGCAGAGAUCCAGCCUGAUCCGACACCAGCACAUCCACAGUGGGAAACGGCCCCACACAUGUGAGGAAUGUGGGAAGACCUUCAGGGACAGCUCCACCCUCUGCAUCCACCAGCGUAUUCACACUGGGGAACGACCCUACAAGUGCUCAGAAUGUGGGAAGAGGUUCCAGACCAGCUCACAUCUCCUGAAGCACCAGCGGACGCACACGGAUGAGAGGCCCUUCCGCUGCACUGACUGCAAGGAGGGCUUCAAGCGGAACUCCACCCUCAUCAUCCACCAACGCAUCCACACCGGGGAGAGGCCCUACAAGUGUGUGGAGUGUGGGAAGAGCUUCAGCCAGAGGUCUAAUUUGAACAAACACCAACGGACCCACCAGUAAGGGAAGUCCUAGCAGUGCCCCAACUGCAGGAAGAGCUUCGGCUGUAGGACUGACACGCAAAAAAGGUUUCAAAAGGUCUUUGGGAUUUUGAGUAUCUGCACUCCAACAUCAGUUUAUUCUUUUGAAUAAGUGUAAGUUUAACCUCAUUUUAGUCUGAAAGCCAAAUUCACCACUACCCCAUUCCCUGAUAACCGUGGGCUGAUUCUGACAAGUGAGGCAGAAAUUACCCACUGCCCAGCAAAAACCAGUGGGGCCAGCCAGUGGUCUCUGCCCUGGCAGCCCAGUUUCCCCAGUCUCAUCUCAAAAUGACCAGUUACACUGAAGCAAAGAGCACUGGAACCAGUGCAACAAGCCCCAGUCUGACUUUGACACCUGCCCACAUGUCCUGUUUUCUGCUGCUCUACAGACUUCCUUCUUUAAAAUACAAUGGAAAAAUGAACAGUUUUUGGGGUUGUUUUGGUUUUGGGCUUGGGGUUUUUUUCCCUCCCACUGUUCUCAUUAACCUCAUUUCAAAUCUAUUUCGGUGUUUGAAGAUGAAUUAAAAUUUUGAAUGAUUUUUAAUGUUAAUGCCUUGACCAAAGUAUCAAAACAUGAAAAAUACAAAAAAACCCACACCACAAAGCUGUCCAUUUUUGUCACAGUCAAACACUCAGAAGUACUAACAUAAUCACAGUGAAAACCCCAUAAAUAAGACCAUUAAAAUAAUUUUAAUAUUUACA